GAAUACGCUAAUUUGCAGGUAGUGAAUGUGGUUGCGGUGCUUUCGACUGUAGCACUGCUCUCUAUCAUAAUUCGGCUAGCAUGGCUUUGCAUCCUCCGUGUCACACGACGUAAAAACAUCACUCAAUCUCGAGAAUAUGUCUUCUUCAAUACUCAGCUCGGGUAUUAUGCUGCAUGUCUCCUUAUCGCAAACAUGUUCAACAGUGCGGCCGGGCUUAUGGGGCUGCCAUUUUUGUUGGCAAGGCGCAUUACAGAAGGCGGUCUUUGCACCACACAAGCGAUGUUAAUGCAGUUCGGGAACGUGUCCACUGCUUAUUUCACCGUCAGCAUCGCGGUUCACACGUUCAAUUCUCUGGUGUUACGAAAGCGUCAAUCUGCCGUAAUCUAUUCAAUGGUGAUAUCCUUGGGGUGGAUCCUCGCUGGAUUCAUAGCUGCUCUACCCUUAGCUCUUCCGCAACGCAACGGGCCCAUUUAUGGCCAGUACAAUCUGACGUGCGGUGUGAGGGAUAAAUAUCCAGUUCCCCAAUUCUUGCUUCAUCUCUUACCGAUAUUCAUCGCUUCAUUCUUUUCGGCGGUGCUAUAUUCUCUCAUUUUCCUUGUGCUCCGUGGCACAUUGGUCAUCAAGGGUGGCGUUAAGAUCUAUCUCAAUCCAAGCGAGCGAUGGAAUGGUCAAAGCGGCGAAAACUAUCACCGUUUCAUUGCGAGCGUUGCCAGAAGCAUGUUAUGGUGGGAUUUCUAUCAUCAUUUUAGCUCGUACUGUGUCGUGCUCAUACCGUACUCCGUCACAAAGCUACUCAUCCUUUCGGGCUUUAGUGUCCCAUUCCAGGCGCUAAUUUUUGCCUACGUAUGCUGGUUCUUAUUGGGCGUUAUCAAUGUCGGGCUGCUCUUCAACACAUUCAGCAAAUUGUAUCCGGUAUUUGAUACUAAACUCUCUCGCCAAGAUAUGGAGAGUUUCGGAACCACUGAAAAGUUCAAACGCCUCACGCUCGCUGCCGAGCGCCAGGCGGAAGCUGAUGGGCUUCGGGAAAAGAUCUAUCAGUAUCGCUAUACGAGCGGUCGUUUGGCAAGCGCGUCUGCUGCCCCUUCUUACCCUGAAAAUGUCGCUAGUGUUCAAGGCUUCUAUGGUUAUCCCAUCUCUCCGCAACGCGUUUCACCCGUAUCUCCGUUCAACGGCAACAACGCUUCUGAUCAUUACCGGGCAUCGCCCCUUCCAAUGUCGCCUCCUUCAUCCCAUACUACCAGCAGUCAUUCGCGGCAGGACUCGGCCGAUUCGCUGCUGAAUCUGCCUGUACCUCCUCGCAAGACGCGUUCGCCCCCAAGCUCACGUUCGCCCCCGUUUAUUGCUCCCAACUCCUUCCGUGCACUUCAAUCAAUCGAUCAGGGUCGCGUUCUCACCCCAUCAUCGACUAACCGCCCUGUCAGUCCAUAUGUUGGCCAGUCGACGCACAAGGUUUCCGGGUCUGGAUCCUCCUCGGAGGUUGAUAUCGCCAGUUGGCUGGCUCAGCAACAACCUGAUAGAUCCGUGCCUCGUGGGCUGAAAAUUAAGCCUUCACUUUCGGCGGUAAAGACCACAUAUCCAAGCCCGGUUGCGGUCAACCAUCGUCCCCGAGCUGUUCCUUCCACGCCAAGUGAAAGUCCGACGAGCAGCCCGACAGGUAGCGUGAGGAGGCCCAAUCGGAGUCCUGUGAGUCCAACUGGAAGUUCAGUGCAGUACGUGGUAAGAAAUACGAGACCGGUGCCCCUGGUAGGCCCUCCCCCCUUGGGUCGCCACGCCGGCAGAGUGUCUCCCCCCUUUUGA